CACUUGUGUGCUUUGCUUUUGCAGAUUUGUAGAAGUGUGUUGGUUUAAAUUUCAUUAAUUUUAUUAACUAAACUGAUAAAUAUUUCACAAAAUCAUGGCAGAAGCAAUGAAGCAAACCGUCGCGAGAAUGUUAAAAGGCAUAGAAAGGUAUAAUCCAGACAAUUUGCCCACCUUGCAGCGCUACGUUGAGGUGCAAUCCCGAGAAAAUUCGUACGACUUAGAGGCCAACUUGGCCGUAUUAAAACUUUACCAGUUCAAUCCCCUCAGCUUCAAUGUUGAAAUUACCUGUCAAAUAUUGCUGAAGGCACUCACGAAUCUUCCACACACCGAUUUUAUAUUGUGCAAGUGUCUCCUCAACGAUAAACAGUUGUCACAGGAGCCGAUCAAUCAAAUUGUGUAUUUAGCCGAUAUAUUAGAGCAGUGCGACUUUCAGGUGUUCUGGACGAGAAUAAGGACUUUACCGGAACUCACCCAAUCGAUUACGGGUUUCGUGGAUUCCAUUAGGAAAUUUGUUUGCCACGUAGUUGGUAUUACUUACCAGACGAUCGAGAGGUCUCAUUUAGCUCAAUUGCUCGGUGAUGUCGAUGACAGCACUCUGAAACUGUGGGUUAAGAAAUACGGUUGGAAAGAAGUCGCUGGAAAUUUGAUAUUUAUCGCUAAUCAAGAUGAAAACAUUAAGACGAAAAAUAUUAACGAGAAGAUUGAUUUUGAAAAUGUAGGAGCUAUAAUGGCUUCUUGCCGUUAAUGGAUCAAGUAAAUAUUUUUUACCCUUU